CGCCACCAGAUAAGUCUGCAAGACGAUCGUAAACGGGAGUUGCUCUUCAUGUAAAAUGUGUGAAACAGAAUUUUCAUCGCCUCUUGAGGAGCGUAAACAAUGUUUGCAGGAACUCACAGAUUUUACCGAAAGUUGUCAAGCGGAGUUGAAGGAUUUGCUUGAGGCAUUGGGAUGGAGUCCGGAGUUUGAUGCAAAUGAUACUCAGAUGGAAGUGUGCCCAUAUGAUCCAAACCAUACAGUACCUCGGGACAGGAUGGAGAAACACAAGGCUUCCUGUCAGCUCAGUCAGCUGGGAUACACUAAAGAAGAGCAGGCUGAAAUGUGUGAUCCUUCAGUGUAUUAUGAAAAAAUGAACAUUCCUUCCAUAAUUAUCGAUAAAGAGACGCUGCAGCAAGUAAUUCUUCAGGCUCAGGCAAAUGCCCCUCCCAUGAGAUCUGAAGGACUCUAUGCACAAUGCGAUUACUCUUCAGAUCCUCCUGAUGUGCCUCACAAUCACGAACGGGCAUUAUGCGAUCUCACUGUGGCAGACCGACUGGCCCUCUAUGAUCACGUGACACAAGAGGCCAGCCAACAAUGUGCAAUAAAGGAAUCCAACAACGAGGAUCUUUAUGUAGAUCUUGUCGCUAAACUUAAAAAAGGCGACGAUCGUAGUGGACCAAAGUCUCAUCUGGAGGUGUUGGCUGAGAUGAGGGACUACAGGAGACGCAGGCAGUCUUACAGAGCAAAAAACGUUCACAUCACCAAGAAGUCUUAUACAGAGGUCAUUAGGGAGGUGAUUGACGUCCACUCUGAUGAGCUUUCCAGGAUUUGGCAAGAAGAGAAGGAGGACGAGUCUAAAGCAUCACAGCAGUCAUCUCACAGAAGGACAUCUGAGAGAGACAGAUCAGCAUCUGUCGAAUCACGUGACUCUCGUGUCAGCUCUCGAGAAGAGCACGGGCGAAAACGGCACCGCAAACGCAGUCGUAGUCGCAAACGCAGUCGAGAGCUUAGCAGAGAAAGGGAGAGCAAGGGUAAAAGGACUGGUCCCGAAAUCGCUACUGCGCAGACUCAAGACCCAAGAUGUCAGCACUGUAUCGGGACACUGAUGGCUUCACUUUUCACCAAUUGGAAGACAGCGAACGGGCGUCGUCCAUUUUUUUUUCAGUCUAUGGUUAAACUGUUUACUACUGGUUCAAACUUGUUUCCAGCCAAACUACACAAAAAUAUACAAUGUUACAAACAAACUUUCUUACGUUUGAACUGCUCAAAUAAUAAUCAUAUAUUAGAUGUCCAAAUUGGUUAGAUGGACUUCCUUAGUGACCAUUUUGUU